AUGAAGGCUCUCAUUCUUGUUGGAGGGUUCGGGACCCGUCUGCGUCCUCUGACGCUCACCCUCCCCAAGCCCCUGGUGGAGUUCGGAAACCGGCCGAUGAUCCUGCACCAAGUCGAGAGCUUGGCCGCUGCAGGUGUCACCGAUAUCGUCCUCGCCGUGAACUACCGCCCCGAUGUGAUGGUCUCGGCACUCAAGAAGUACGAGGAGCAAUACGGAGUCAACAUUGAGUUCUCCGUCGAGUCCGAACCGCUGGGCACGGCUGGCCCGCUCAAGCUGGCGGAGAAGAUUCUCGGCAAGGACGACUCGCCGUUCUUUGUCCUGAACUCGGACGUCAUCUGCGACUACCCCUUUAAGGAUCUCGCCGAUUUCCACAGGAAGCACGGCAACGAGGGCACCAUCGUGGUCACCAAGGUCGAUGAGCCCUCCAAGUACGGUGUCGUCGUUCACAAGCCCGACCACCCCACACGCAUCGACCGCUUUGUGGAAAAGCCUGUCGAAUUCGUCGGCAACCGCAUCAACGCCGGUAUCUAUAUCCUCAACCCCAGUGUGCUGGAGCGCAUUGAGCUGCGCCCUACCUCCAUCGAGCAGGAGACCUUCCCCGCCAUCUGUGCGGCGGGCGAGCUCCACUCCUUCGAUCUCCCGGGCUUCUGGAUGGACGUGGGUCAGCCCAAGGACUUCCUGAGCGGUACCUGUCUGUACCUGUCUUCCCUGGCGAAGCGCAAGCCCGAGAUGCUUGCCCCUCACUCCGAGCCAUACGUUUACGGUGGAAAUGUCAUGGUUGACCCCUCCGCCAAGAUUGGCAAGAACUGCCGCAUUGGCCCCAACGUGGUGAUUGGCCCUAAUGUCGUAAUUGGCGACGGUGUCCGUCUACAACGUUGUGUCGUGAUGGAGAACUGCAAGGUCAAGGACCAUGCUUGGAUCAAAUCCACCAUUGUUGGCUGGAACAGCUCUGUGGGCCGCUGGGCGCGUCUGGAGAAUGUCACCGUGCUCGGAGACGAUGUCACCAUCGCCGACGAAGUCUAUGUCAACGGUGGCUCCAUCCUGCCACACAAGAGCAUCAAGCAGAACAUUGAUGUUCCCGCCAUCAUCAUGUAA